AUGGCCGCUGGUGCAGAGGUUUUUGGUGAGGCAGCAGUUCUGGAGAUGAAUUCUCCAGCUGCUAUUGUUGAACCUUCAUCACCGAAUGACCGUGGCCCUGCCGGUGAAAAAAACAUGGAGAAAAUUGAAAAUUCAUAUUCUGAGAUGUCUGAGGAGUCUGGUGGUACCAAUGAGGUUAAGGGCUCUGAUACGAACUCAAAUGCCGAUUCAAAAUCGGAACUUGGAGUGAACGACAUCGUUGAUAUGCUGAAGAUACUGAAGCUGAAUCCCCUGGCUAAGGAGUUCUUUCCUUCAUCCUAUAAUUAUGGCCACAUGGGUGCUUACAGUUUUGUGUUUUACAAUAACAAUUUGGGAAAUGAUGGUUUUAAGAAUAACCUUAGGAGAAGAAGUAAUAACAACUCAAGCAGGAGGAGAGGGGGUGGCAGAGCUUUCAAAGCUCAAAGGGAAGACAGCAUUAGGCGAACUGUCUAUGUUUCUGAGGUUGAUCACAAUAUCACUGAGGAGCGGCUUGCUGCCUUAUUUAGCAGCUAUGGUCAAGUAAGUUAUUCUUCUCUAGAAUAUUUCAUUUGA